UGAGGCUCCCAGUGACAACCGAAACAGCAAUAUAGGGAACAAGUCCAGGGAAGAGCGAAUCGAAUUUAUGGAUUAAACAUAUAUUUUAGCUCAAUUGAUAGCACUUAAUAUCUGCGCCACCAUUCAUUGACGAUAUCGACGAAUUGUUGCAUUUAUUUUAUUUCACAAAAUCCUUGUUUGUUUUACUUAUCAGAGCACCAGAAUUGCUAAAGUAGCGCAAAUUUAAGGUAGCAGCUCACUUCAGCAAAUAGGCAGAGCUCGUAAAUCGGCCUUAAUGAGAAGAUACAGCGAUGCUAUAUAGCCUAAGUGUAAAUUAUAUAUAGCCUAGUCUAUGUAAAAAAAAAAAAUCGGAUUGACUGUUUUUGCUGAAGACUUUUUUUGGUCGGCUUCAAGGCAUCUCAAAACCAGCAAUGUACUCUAAAAUACUGGGUUCCUGAUGCUCACUUUAAACUGAACUGUAGUCUUCUGGCACCAAAAUAUAUUUUUUUCAGUAUACGUAACACCAACUGCUCUUGAGAAAAAAGAGAGAUCAUGUCUUCCAGAGAGAGACACUCCGACCUUUACAUAAAGGCUGAACCCAGCAGUCCCGAGGGAGGAGGAGGUGGUGGUGGGAGGACCAGCCCUGGAGGUGCCUCCACAGACUCCUCACAAAGUGCAGGAGGUGGAUCCAGAGGAGAAGGCACUGGGCGUUACUCCCCGCCCCUGUACACACCCGCACUGCGAUGCCAUUUUAAGGAGGAGUGUGCAGAUGGAGCCGAGGAGGGCUCUACAGGUAGCGGGGGCGGCCGCUGCAAGUAUGCGCUAAGCACACUUCCCAAAAGGCUAUGCCUGGUGUGUGGAGAUGUGGCUUCUGGUUAUCACUACGGAGUGGCUUCCUGUGAAGCCUGCAAGGCUUUCUUCAAAAGAACCAUACAGGGCAAUAUUGAAUACAGCUGUCCAGCCUCCAAUGAAUGUGAGAUCACCAAGCGCCGCAGGAAGGCCUGUCAGGCAUGCCGCUUCACCAAGUGCCUCAAAGUAGGCAUGCUCAAAGAAGGAGUUCGCCUGGACCGGGUCAGAGGCGGACGGCAGAAGUACAAGAGACGUCCAGAGGUGGAGAAUGCCACGUACCAGAGUGCACCAAUACCGUUAAGGAAAGAGGGAGAGAAAGGUUCAUCCAGCAUUAUCGUGUCACAUCUGCUUGUGGCGGAGCCAGAAAAGCUGUUUGCUAUACCAGACCCACUGCAGCCAGACACGGCCCAGCGCACGCUCACCACUCUCUGUGACCUGGCUGACCGGGAACUAGUUGUCAUCAUCGGCUGGGCCAAGCACAUUCCUGGCUUCCUCUCCCUGUCCCUCGCAGACCAGAUGUCCGUGCUUCAGUCAGUGUGGCUGGAAGUGUUGGUGUUGGGGGUGGCUUACCGUUCUCUUGGUUGUGAGGAUGAGGUGGUGUUUGCAGAGGACUUUGUGCUGGAUGAGGAGAUGUCUCGUGUGGCUGGCCUGACUGAACUCAACGCUGCCAUCAGCCAGCUUGCGCGACGCUUCAGGGCCCUGCAGCUGGACCGCGAGGAGUUCGUCAUGCUCAAGGCCAUCGCGCUCACCAACUCAGAUUCAGUCUACAUUGAGGACAUGGAAGCUGUGCAGAAGUUGAGGGACCUUCUACACCAAGCUCUUCUGGAGCUGGAGGUCCAGAGACGCCCUGAUGAUCCGCAGCGUGCUGGUCGUCUUCUCCUCACCCUGCCCCUCCUCAGGCAGACAGCCGGCCGGGCCCUCACCACCUUCUACAGCAUCAAGACACGUGGCGGGGUGCCAAUGCACAAGCUCUUCCUGGAGAUGCUUGAGGCCAUGAUGGACUCACCCUAGAGAAGAGAAGACACUUGGAUAGAUGAAUGAAUGAGUGAGAAUGGACAAAGAAAAUGGGUGAAAGAUAGCCCUAAGUCUUUUUUUGUGGAACAAGUGCAAGGGCUAAAGAACCCAAAAGAGAAACUUUUUGACAGAAGAGUUAAAUAUGAAGAAUAUGAGUUACGUAGCUGUCUGCUGAUAACUUGAGUUACUCUUUAGGAAUGGUCUUUUACAACAAAUUCUCUUCGAUUUUCUCAAUAGGUACCAUGUCACCCAAAAGUUUUGGGUCAGUUUAGACAAAGUUAAUAUUUCUAUCAGCGUUAGGGGAACCACAGACAAUGCGUAAUUCAUUCUCUCACUGUUUCUUCAAGAUAAGUGUUAAUAGAAUUUAACCAUUACUGUAAACUCAGAGAAAUUCACGUGCCAAGGGCGCCUACUGAGACUGCAGCAAUAAGAACUCUUCACGGAAUCACACAAACAUAUCUCCAUCUUUACUGAUAGUUGCUCAUUGAAACACAAAACAACGUCUCUGAAACCACAGGACCACAACUACAGAUACAAUAGUCAAGAGAGUAAGCUUUUUCUCCUUAAAAUUGUGCAUUUAAGGCACUAGUGUACAGUUAUUAAUGUCUUUUUAAUGCACUCGCCAUACUAUAAGUGCUAUUUAAAUUUGUCCCGCUACAAUAGCUUUUUUUCUUGGUUUAAUAUGCAAAACUGAUGAACAUAAACGAAGACCUACAGGAGUGAUUACACAAACUACUGAAAAAUGUCAGCUUAGUAUACUGGUAUACACUGGCACUACAAGCAAAUAUACUGCAACAUUUAAUAUUAUGGAAAGCAAUAGGAAAGAUUUAAUUAAUUUGAUGUCAGUCAUUUUUCAAAUGUCUGCUCUGAGCUGGCCUGCCAUGUCCUGAUUUGAAGCGCAAUUUAGUAGUGGCGUAGUCGCAUCGCAAAGACAAUUAUAUAAAACAAAUUUAAAAAAGAAGGAUGUUGCGUAGGAUUGUAGAAAUUUUUUUUAAUGAUUCUGGUAUACGCCACUGUCCUUUUGUAUAUUUGCCUGUUGUUCCAAUAGAUUAACCAUAAUCAUUUUUAGAUGUGGAUUGUGUGAAUGAGAGAUAAUGGGUACUACAAAUGCAAAGUGCACAUGCUGAGUUGAACCGACGAUGGUGCAUCUAAAUCAGGGUAAAUGAGAAGUCAUCAGCUCAUGUAAGCCAGCCUGCUCCAGCUACUACUGUACUAUUUGCUGUGAGUUUUUUGCGAUUGGUUCCCAUUUAAACGAGGAUGUGGGACCUUGUCGCAUUGGCGAUGUCCUGACACUAGCCUGUUAGUGACAGAUUGAGCCAGCACUGUUGGUGUCACUCAACUCAAAUCCAUUCAUCGCUUCUGCACUCUGAGACAUUUCGAGAGACUGAACAAUGUUUUCAUUCACUCGGCAGAGAGAAGAAACCAUUUUGUACUCUAAUCCUCCAUUUAUACAUGGACGCAGUAGGGUGACCUCUGUUGAUUCGUUUAAACCAGGAGGCUUUGAGUCUGUGUCAUGUUCAUAUUGAAAGCCUUUGUGGCUCAGAGCAACAUUUAAUGCAAAUUGGAAAGCCUCACAAUAUGGGGACAACAAGAGCCCUCAGUUUGAGACUAUUUUAUUGUUCUUUCAAGGUAUUUUUUGUUUUUUACUGCUGUGUGGUCUAUUUGUGGUCUCCAUUCAGAAUGCUACAACUCUGCUACUUUUAUUAUUAACUUUUAUUUAUUAUACGUGUUUGAAAACAGGAGGAAGAAAAGCCAGUUGCCUCUUUGGCCUCUUACCAAUUUAAUUACUCAAAUGAAAACAACUGUUCUACAGUCGGACCUCUGAGGUGACGCCACAUCUUCAGGGUGAUUUUCACUGUAUUCUGUUAGCAGCAAUGAUUGUAUGUGAACUCUGAAAGUGGUUUACGUCAGCUAAUAGCAAAUAUACGUAAGGGAUAAAGCAGCAGAUUAAACCGCAUUCUGAAUUGAAAAGAACAAUCCAUGGUUGAUCUCUUUUUUUUAAAUAUUUUCAGCUCAAGAUGAGGUUAAAUCUGGGUCUUCAGAUUACUAGUCCAAAAUGUAUAGAGAUGUGUAUUGUUGUUCAGGCCUUUAGGAACAUUUUUAAUCAGCUAAUAUCAGAUUCUGGUUGAAUUUAACUUUAGAUUUUCCAUAUAUUCACCAUGAAGCUUGGCCUCAGGUUUGGUAUUGAAAUAAAGCAAUUCAUUUGGGAGAAUAUAAUGUCUGUUUUGUACUGAAUUAUUUUUCAGAUGUCCUUUCUCUUUUUGUGAUUAACAUACUAACUUUGAAAGAAAAAUGAAAGCCAGUGGAAGUUAUUCCUCUCUCUUUGUUGUGAAAUUGUAUGACAAUAUUGCAGAUUUCAGGCGCUAACACAAAAGCAUAGUGUUACAGAAUUCUGUAAAACUCCUAUUUUCUUUCACUUUUUUCUUUUCUUUCUUUUAGAAACAUGAAACCAGUCUGUCUUUUAAUUGAACGUUGUCUAUCUUCAAUACAAUCAGUUUAUUUUCAAUUCAUUUCAAUUUAGACAGCUAAGAAAAGAGCUGAAAUAUGCUUUUCCUUUUCUUUCCCCUUUUCAGUAUGUUUUUUUUCUCUUUUCUAUGCAGAAGUUAAUGUCUCUCCUAAGUGGUUAUUGGGUGGAAUGUGUACAUAACCAUGGAUGAGUGGGUCCAUUUAAAGACAGCUGUAAAAUAUGUCAAUGUUUGUGUCAAUAAUAACUCUAAUAUAACAAUGAUAUUACUGAAGUGUUUUCAUAAGGCUAAGCAUUAUAUGAAGCCAUUUUGUCUAAGUUAGAGCAUAACAUGAUUGAGAGAUAAAUUAAAUUCAUGGCUAGGUGUUUGUGUGUGUCUGUGUAUAUUUAUGUAAAUGAGCAAUACCAGAAUUUACCAAAACAUUUUGUUUUCACAUUUUUCUGUAUAUUGAUAUAUUUUAAAUCAAACCUCCACAGUGAAACUAGUGAUAACAGUCGAUAGUAAUAAUACAGUUAAGAACAAAUCAAUAUUUGUAUUAAAAAAUGUUGUAUUUAAAAGAUUAAAAAUCUAUUUUUUACUCAAUUUGCGGAUGUUUAUUAAUGUUGUUCUGGUAUUUGUGCGGGUUUAAGUCAAAUGAUUGUAAAUGUCUGUGUGUGUUUUUUUUUUUUGUUAAGCUCAGUGGUUCUGCAGUAGUAACUAUUUUUAACACUUUGUUCAUAUUGAAUCACUGUGAAGACAAAGCAAAUGCUAAAACUCUACAGGAACAAUAGAGGUAUUUAACAUUUUGUCAGUGUCAAUGUGUUUUGUAAUAAAUUAGCACACGUCAUCAGUUGUCAUUGGAUUUUUAUGUAAUUUUGUCAUCCUGUCUGUUUUUUGUUAUU